GAGUACAGUUUUCUGCCCUUUCUUGUCGCUUUUCCAAAUGUGAUGUGCAUAACGUGCUAUGAGUGUACUUCAACACAAGGUCAAGAGUGCAAGUACACAGCAACGUCAUGUCAGUAUGGAUUCUUCGGAUGUGUCAAAAUUGCUGCCUUUUCUGGAGGAAUCGACAAAAUGGGAAUGUGGUACGACCAAGACAGACGAAUAAUCUCAAUGAUUAGAGGAUGCGCUAUAGUGCCAUUAGGAGGGGUUGAUAUGUGCGAGCAGACUUCAAUCCUCGGCACCAGAAUAUUGAAAUGUACGUGCUUCAACGACUACUGUAACUCUUACAAUGAUUUUACGCUAUUUUCCUACUUUGUUGUUACAACAGCACUUGUCUUUUUGUUCUCUUAG